UGCCGCCUCCGCUGCCGGCCGACGAUGGCGAUCGCGCAAUCCGCGGCCGCGUUACCCUCCGCCUCCCGAGCCGCUCGCCCCAAGCCCACCCGCGCCGCGCCGUCCCGCGUCGCCGCCUCCGCCGUGGCGACGCCCGAGCCCGCGCCCGCGCGGCGCCUCGUGGCGGCGUUCGACCCGGCGGUCCCGCUGGCCUCCGCCGUGACGCCGCCGAGCGGGUGGUACACCGACCCGGACCUCCUCUGGCUAGAGCUCGACCGCGUCUUCCUCCGCGGGUGGCAGGCUGUUGGCCACAUAUGGCAAGUCAAGAAUCCAGGUGACUACUUCACAGGAAGACUUGGAAAUGUAGAAUUUGUUGUAUGUCGGGAUGCAAUUGGAGAACUUCAUGCUUUUCACAACGUUUGUCGCCAUCAUGCCUCACUCCUUGCAUGUGGAAGUGGUCAGAAGACUUGCUUCCAGUGCCCUUAUCAUGGUUGGACAUAUGGACUGGAUGGAGUCCUCCUAAAAGCUACACGAAUAGCAGGAAUCAAGAACUUCAACAAAAAUGAUUUUGGUCUCAUUCCUAUUAAAGUAGCCACAUGGGGGCCAUUUGUAGUGGCUAGAUUCGAUAAUGGCUUCUCCAAAGAAACUGCUGAUGACACAGUUGGAGAUGAAUGGCUGGGUAGUGCUUCAGAUCUGUUGAGUAGAAAUGGCAUUGACACUUCACUGCCUCAUGUUUGCAGGCGAGAAUAUAUAAUCGAAUGUAACUGGAAGGUCUUUUGCGACAACUAUCUGGAUGGUGGCUAUCAUGUUCCAUAUGCACAUGGAGCCCUAGCAUCUGGUCUACAGCUUCAAUCUUACGAAACACUUACAUAUGAGAGAGUUAGUGUUCAAAGAUGUGAAAGUGGCCAAGUAGAACAAAAUGAUUUCGAUCGCUUAGGGACAAAAGCUACUUAUGCUUUUGUUUACCCAAACUUUAUGAUUAACAGGUAUGGCCCAUGGAUGGACACUAAUCUAGUUGUUCCAUUGGAUGCAACCAGAUGUAAAGUGAUAUUUGAUUAUUUCCUUGACCAGUCUCUUCUGGACGACCAGAAAUUCAUUGAUAGAAGCUUAAAAGACAGCGAGCAAGUACAGAUGGAAGACAUUGCCCUCUGUGAAGGGGUUCAGCGGGGCCUGGAGUCACCCGCUUAUAGCGUGGGAAGAUACGCACCAUCAGUGGAGAUGGCCAUGCACCACUUCCACUGCCUCCUACAUGCCAAUCUUAGUGGUGACGACUGGUGAGUGAUUCCUAUGUGCAUAUCUCAUUGGAUUUGUGCAUCACAAAACUCGUGUGCAUAUCUGCAGCAUUUUCAUUACUUGCACAUUGUAAAGUGAAAACACAGGAUUGUAAUCAAAUCAUUCUUCACACACUGUC